GGCUGCUCUGCAGAACACACACAGUGCAGCCAUAGAUAAUAGAGCAAUCUAUGGUGCAGCAAGAUGAGGCUUUUGUUGGUGCUUGUGUGUGUAUCUCUAGUCAACGCACAGUGUGAUGAGAACAGCUGUACCGUACUCUGCUAUCCAGUGCAUUGGCAACGAGAUCUGUGCCAGUUUUACCAGCAGCUGACAGUGUGGAGGAACUCUGCCUCAGGCUGUGGUCUCUCCCUGCCUGCACUACCUGAGUCCAGACCUGGGUUAUGGCCUGAGGGGGUCUCUUCCUCUGAGGAGCAGUGGCAGAUAGCCAGUGAAUAUUGGCAGGAGGUGACAUCUCUGUGGGAGAGACGCUACGACAGUGCACAGGAGUCAGUCACUGUAUCCCCACUUAUCGUUAUGACUACCAACGCUCCGUCUAUUGAGCCGACCAAUGGCAUCCUCACACCUGAUAACAACUUAUUCUCCGGCUCUGGUAGCGGCAGUGACAUCACUACAGACCUGCCUACCAUGGCAACAACUACCAUGGCAACAGACGAGCCAACCACUGCUGAGCCAGGAGCCUCCAUGUUGAACAACAGAGAGAGAUGGAAUGCGUCCAAUGAGGAAUGGGAGCUGCUUUUCACGAGGUGGGUGGAGUCUUCUCAGCAGGGGGCGGGUCUGAGGUUGCCAUCAGACGUGGAUGUGGGUGUGGUCAUUGACAGCUACAGUCAGAACGAACAAAUGAACAGGGAAGCAUGGUCACGGCUGGUUAGAUUCUGGAGAGAAAAUCAUGACGUUUACAACGAGAACUAUAACGGAGUGUGCCCGGAAUAAUUAAUAGUAGUUUUGUUUUAUUCCCAUGCACAAAUUAUACGCUCUCUCCUUAUAUAUAUAAUUAAUAUUAAUUUCACCAAUAUCCUCGACCAUUAUCUGACUAUCUCUCCAUCCACCUUUCUUCCUCACCUUAUUUAACGUGUAUAUAUAAUUUAUUAUUGUCAGUCAAAAGUUGAA